GGUCACUGCCAGCGCUGGAGAUCCAGGGCAGAGUCCCGGUGUGAGUGGGAAUCAGGACGGGGUAGAGGGCAUCGCUGAGAGACGAACACAGGGCUGUCGGGACCCGCUAAUCAUCGCAGCACGGAUCCAACCGCAGAACUACACCAGAGGCCAGCCUUUAUUUCCCGGAGACACCCGGAGCUAAAGACGAUCAGCCUUCUGUCAGAUCAGUCCACUUCUUCUUUAUUUCCCUCGGCUAUUACCCUUGUAAAAAUGGGGUGAUUGGUUUUUUUUUUUAUCAUCUAGUAAACUAACCUGGAACAAGGCCUGCGUAGAUCUCCUGAUGUCAGAAGAUUCAGACUCCAAGCCCUACUGCUUCCCAGGUUUGGAAGAUCAGGAUGGAGCCUCGAGUUGCAGAGCGUCCACUUCAUGCAAUUCUAUCCCAAGGGGGGACCCAGGGUGCAGCUCCAUGGCACAGCUGCACCGUAUGGGUGCCUUCAGCCAAGGUAGGCCUGACCUGGGCCUCCCUUCUGAGGGCAGCGACAGCAGCGAUCAGGACCCUCCCGCUUCACCAGACAACCAUCGCAAGAACGCUCGCUCUCGGUCACUACCCGAGGAGGAUGUGGAGAUGAAGAGUAGCGGAUCGAGCGGGAGUGGGACCGAAUCACACGGCAAUGAAAGCCACGGCAAUGAAAGUCAUGGAAACGACAGCAACGGCCACGAGUCGAUGGGAAGCUCCACCGGCAACAGCAAGGACUCGGCACUGCUUGAAUCCUCUGAGAGCAAUAAGAGUUCGAACUCCCAUAGUCCAUCUCCACCGAGCAGUUCAAACGCCUUCAGCCUGCUGAGCUCUGAGCAGGACAACCCUUCAACCAGCGGCUGCAGUAGCGAGGAGUCUGCCAAAGCCAAGACGCAGAAGGAGGUGAUUAAAACUCUGAAAGAGCUGAAGUUUCACCUGCCUGCUGACAAGAGACACAAUAACAAGUCGACCACGCUGAACACCCUGAAGUAUGCACUUCGCUGUGUGAAACAGGUGGAAGCCAAUGAGGAGUAUUACCAGCUCCUGAUGAUCAAUGACAGUCAGCCUUCAGGCCUGGAUGUGUCUUCAUACACAAUAGAGGAGAUCGAUAGCAUCACCUCUGAGUACACUCUCAAAAACAAUGAUAUGUUUGCAGUUGCCGUGUCUCUUAUCACUGGAAGGAUAGUCUACAUUUCUGACCAGGCUGCCUCCAUCCUCAACUGUAAGAGAGAUGUGUUCAGAAACACCAAGUUUGUGGAGUUUCUUACACCGCAGGAUGUCAGCGUCUUUUACAGCUUCACGACGCCUUAUCACCUGCCCUCCUGGAGCAUGUACACUGGAGCAGAGUCGUCCCCGCCUGACUGCAUGCAGGAGAAGUCCUUUUUCUGUCGUAUCAGCGGUGGUAAGGAGUGUGAGGGUGACCUGCAGUACUAUCCAUUCCGCAUGACGCCUUACCUGAUGAAGGUCCAGGACACAGUGCACACUGAAGACCAGUUCUGCUGCCUCCUUCUGGCUGAGAGGGUCCACUCUGGCUAUGAUGCACCCAGAAUUCCAACAGACAAGCAGAUCUUCACCACCACUCACUCUCCAAGCUGUGUGUUCCAGGAUGUGGAUGAGAGGGCAGUACCUCUUCUUGGGUACCUCCCACAGGACCUGAUUGGCACCCCAGUCCUCUGCCACUUGCAUCCCAGUGACCGCCCGAUCAUGCUGGCUAUUCACAGAAAGAUCCUCCAGUGCGCAGGCCAACCGUUUGACCACUCGUCCAUCAGGUUCUGUGCAAGAAAUGGAGAGUACAUCAUCUUAGACACCAGCUGGUCCAGUUUUGUCAAUCCUUGGAGCCGCAAAGUCUCCUUUGUUAUUGGGAGACACAAAGUCCGCAUGGGCCCCGUGAAUGAAGACAUUUUUAUGGGCCCAGUCUCAGGCGUCAGAGAGGUGAAGACCAUGGACUCUGACGUCCAGGAGAUUACUGAGCAGAUCCAUCGGCUCCUGCUACAGCCUGUUCAUAAUAGUGGGUCCAGCGGCUAUGGUAGUCUGCACAGCAACGACCACUUUCUUGAAAUAGGCUCCUCUAACGAGAGCCUGUCGUACAACAAGAUGCAUCAAGAGGAAGAGGACAUGAGGGGCAAAGCCAGACCUCGAACUUUUCAAGAAAUCUGCAAGGGAAUUCAUCUUCAGAAGAGAGAAGAGCAGCAGACGGCAAAGCCAGACAACAAAAAAAGCAAUGCCAAGUCUGUACAGAAGAAGAGCCAAGCCGUGGUGCGACCCAAAGACUCGGCUGCUCCUGUUAACUGGAAGGAGGCGGGAUCACCUAUGGAGGAGAGCAGAGCCUCUUUCCAGGAGGACCUGGCCUUCAAUGAUCAGACUGUAUACUCCUACCAGCAGAUCAGCUGCCUGGACAGUGUUAUCAGGUACUUGGAGAGCUGUAAUGUUCCCAUCACCAUGAAAAGGAAAUGCCAGUCUGUCUCUAACACCACGUCCUCAAACUCUGAUGAGGACAAACAGAAGGGAUCCAGCAGCAUGCAGCUGUCUAAUGAAUCAUCCUUGUUGAAGGAUCAGUCUGGUCUCUCUGCUUUGGAUGAUCAAGAUAAAAAGUCCACUGACGCAGCCACAGCGGUAGUGGGCACUUCGCGGCCCCUACCUGUACCAAACAAACCAGAAAGUGUGGUGUCCAUAACCAGCCAGUGUAGCUACAGUAGCACCAUAGUGCAUGUUGGGGACAAGAAACCUCAACCCGAGUCAGAGAUCAUAGAGGACGUACCGGGCACAGGGGAAGUGGCCGAAUCCAGCCAGAACCUUGCGGCUCCUCCGUGUGCAUUUUCACCUCCCAGUCAGGAGAGAGAGUGCUACAAGAAGCUGGGCUUGACCAAGCAGGUUUUGGCAGCACAUACGCAGAAGGAGGAGCAGGCCUUUCUGUGUCACUUCAGAGAGCUUCGCAAACUCUCCCCCCUCGAAGCAAACUGCUCUGAGUACCUGGAGCGUCAGAAAGAACAGAUCGGCAGCGAUGUUGCACCUGCUGUUCGACCCAAACAGGGUGGAGCGUUUGCAGAGCCAACCACACGGAGAAGCACGCGGAAUAAGAAGACCAAAUCAAAGAGGGCUAAACAGGUCGAGUCCUCCGACAGCACAGCGUCCCAUCAAGGACCACAGCUGCAGCGGCCUUCUUUUCCAAACUACAGCCUUAACCAGACAUCUUGGUCUCCCUCUGAGGCAACGCAGUCGGCUUUUCCCAUGGCCUACCCUACCGUGAUGCCAGGCUACCCUCUCCAGGUUUACCCCAGAGCUGAGUCCAUAGGUCCACGGACAGAUACCACUACACAAAACUUUAGGGACAGCCAGGGUGCUCAAGCCACUCCUGGCCCCUCAUCCAUCCAUUCUGCUCCCUACACCUCCCCCAUGGUCACCCCCAUUGUGGCUCUAGUACUCCCUAACUACCUGUACCCUGUAAUGGGCCCCGGUCCUCCACCACAGCAGCCAGUGUACCAAGCAGAGACUGGGGUCUUCCCCACCCAAACAUUGCCUUUUGCUCAGGCUGCCUUUCCAUUCCCACCUUCCUUCAGCGGUCAGACUCAGUUCAACGUUCAGACCAAUUUCACUCCUCCUCAAGCAGCAGGCAGCUCAACUCCAUCAUUCUGCUUCCCACCAUCCUCGGAAAUCCCUAAGCCUUUCGUUGAAGGACAGUCUCGGUCCUCAACGCCACAGUCUGGAGGAGCUGAAGGCCAGGCCUCCCCUCGCUUAUUCCAAUCACGCUGCAGCUCACCCCUUAACCUGCUGGAGCUGGAACUGAACGUGGACAGGCAGGACGGCGCGAUGCUCCCCUCUGGAGGACGAGGAAAUACUGCAGCUGAGAGGGAGCAAACAGCAAGUGCCAGCCAGCCUAAGGAGAGGGAACUGAAUCAGCCAUCUCUCAGUCUCCUUGGUCCUCCAGGACCGUUGUAUUUCGGGGGUACAGCCUGUUUCUGUGAGCGUUUGUCUUGGGAUAAAGUGUGCUCUAGGCUGAGUGCUUUCAGCAACGAGACAAGCUCGCAAUGUGACGCUAACAACAGCGAUGCCAACUCUUCAUCCAGUGACAUGCUGAACAUUAUCCUCCAAGAGGACUCCUUUUCGGGCACCGGCUCAGCCACCUCAGGGUCCAUGGGCUACAGAACGUCAGCCAGCGGCACUUCGAAUAGCGGGACGUCUGAGGGCAGGACGUCAGCCAGCGCAGUCUCAGAAAGCACCAACAGUAGCAAAUACUUUGGCAGUGUGGACUCAUCGCUGCACAGCCAGAAGGUCAAAGGUCAUAUGAGUGGCAGAGAUGGAAGACGCGGCAGAAUGGAGCAGAGCGACCAUAUCACAAAGUAUGUACUGCAGGACCCGCUGUGGCUGUUCAUGGCUAACACAGAUGAGAAGGUCAUGAUGACCUAUCAGCUGGCCUCGCGUGAUAUUGAAAAGGUGCUGAGAGAAGACAAAGAGAAACUGAGGCAGCUGCAGAAGAGCCAACCGCGCUUCUCUGAAGAGCAGAAGAAGGAGCUGAUCGAGGUUCACCCCUGGAUCAAGAAGGGAGGUUUACCCAAAGCCAUAGAUAUCAAGAUGUGCUCCUGGUGUGAUGACGCCUUAGAGGCAGCGACGGCGGUACAGGAUCAGCCGUACCAAGACCUCGAUGAAUCUGAGACCGCCGGAAUAUCCUGCCACGGCUCUCCUUCGGCCUCCGACUGUCAAACACAGACGGCGGCACAAUAAGCUUCUCAAAGUGUCCAGAGUGACUUUGUUAGCCACUGGCUUACAGCCUUUGAAGAGGGACCAGUUUUAAAUGUGCUCUUACUGUUUCUCUCUUGCUGUUCUGUGAGUUCUUCUUGUGUAGGUGCCAGCAAGAAAACUGGAUAAAACAGUCCAGAUUUUUGUAGAAUGUGAACACGUGUAGUAGAUUCAUUACAUUAUAUUUUAAUCUACUUUUUAAUUGUUCACUGUGUUGUUGCUUGAGGAAUUGCUGGUCUUUAAGACUGCGCCUGUUUGUUGCGUCAUCCCUUUUGUAGCAUGUUGCCACGUGCGGCUCUUAAUGGUUUUUAUAUAGACUUGAUUACCAGAUGCUGAGCCCAAUAAAGGGAAAGAGAAAGUGUGCUCGCAUGCCAGGCACCACCACAGAGGUCAAACAAACAUCAGUCAGCUGGGGGCUGCUCUCGGUGGCUCUGUGGUGUUUGAUGAAUUCAGUAUUUCGUGGCGUUUCCUCGAGUUGCAACGGCACUUCUGUCAUUCAUACACAUCAGACACCAAAUGAGCACAAGUGCACUUUGCAGUUUAGUAUUUAUAGUUGAAAGAAAUCUGAUACUAAGGUAACUUUUUGAAUCUUAAAUUGUAUAUUUCUUCUUUAUCCAACCGGGUUGGAUAAAGAAGAACGUAAAUGAGACUCCUGUGGGUCUGAUAUUCAUUCUGCUGAUGCCUGUAUUCAAUUGGGGGAUCUCAGCUGUUAAACAUAGAGGGGAAAGAUGUCCAAUGUAGUACAAGCAUUGCUGAUCAAGUGAUGGAGU